AAGGUGCAGGAGGAGGGAGGUAAGUGCAUAAAAGGACAGUGCUGUGGUGAGUCUUCGGUAACAGCAGAUAUGAGAUCAGGCAGGAGGAUGUGCAGGACUCAGCUCUGGCUGUUGGCCUUUCUGGGCUUUUCUUCUCUGGCAAUUCUUGCUGAUGGAUCCCCAUUGAAGGUGAUGUCUGCCCCCAGUGUGUUGCGGGUAGGAACAUCAGAAAACAUCUUUGUUGAAUGUCAAGACUGCCCUGAUGGUAAUGACAUCAAGGUCGAAAUCAUCGUAAUGAAUUAUCCAACUAAAUCCAAAAGACUGGCAUCCACAUCUGUGACGCUCACCAGCGCAAAAAAAUUCCAGGACUUUGGACAAAUUAAGAUCCAUGCUGAUGACUUCAGUGAGGAUCCCAGUGUGAACCAUUAUGUAUACCUGAAAGCUCAGUUCCCUGAUGCAGAACUGGAGAAACUUCUCUUAGUGUCCUUUCAGUCUGGGUACAUCUACAUCCAGACUGACAAGACCCUCUACACCCCCAACAGCAGAGUUCAUUACAGGAUUUUUGCAAUGACGCCCCGUAUGGAACCUGUGGAGAGAGAUAAUGAAACUGAUGCCACUAUUGCCAUUGAGAUUGUGACCCCUGAGGGCAUCAUUUUACCUCUUGAUCCAGUCUCUUUGAAAUCAGGAAUGCACUCUGGAGAUUACAAACUUGCUGAAAUUGUCAGUAUCGGUCUGUGGAAAGUGGUGACGAGGUUCCACAGUAAACCACAGCUGAGCUACUUUGCAGAGUUUGAGGUCAAAGAAUAUGUGCUGCCCAGUUUUGAGGUUAAACUCACACUUGAGAGCCCCUUCUACUAUGUGGAUAGUCAAGAGCUCACUGUCAACAUCAAAGCUACGUAUCUGUUUGGUGAAGAGGUGAAUGGGGCAGCCUAUGCGGUAUUUGGGGUAAUGCAUUUGGGCCAAAAAAGGAGUCUUCCCAGCUCUCUUCAGAGAGUGGCGAUCACAAGCGCUGAAGGACUGGUCAAACUGAAGAGAGAGCACAUCACACAGACCUUCAAAAACAUCCACGACCUGGUGGGGAGUUCCAUAUUUGUAGCUGUCGGUGUGAUGACGGAGAGUGGUAGUGAGAUAGUGGAGGCAGAGCUGAGAGGUAUCAAGAUUGUCACAUCACCGUACACCAUCCACUUCAAGAGAACGCCAAAAUAUUUCAAACCAGGAAUGUCCUUUGAUGUUGCGGUUGAAGUUGUGAAUCCUGACGGCACUCCGGCACAAGGUGUCCUAGUGGUGGUGGAUCCAGGUGAGGUACAGGGGCUCACUUCAGCCAAUGGCAUGGCAAGGCUUUCCGUCAAUACACAGAAAAAUCCUACGCCAAUGACAAUCACAGCAAAGACUAAUGUUCCUGAAAUUUCACUUGAGAGGCAAGCAUCAGCCAACAUGACAGCUCUUCCUUAUAACACCAAGAGCAACAGCUACCUCCACAUAGGUGUGGAUACAGCUGAAGUAACAUUAGGAGAAAAUCUGAAAAUCAGCCUUAACCUCAACAGACAGGAAAACACAGAAAAUGACAUCACUUACCUGAUUUUGAGCAAAGGUCAGCUGGUGAAAUAUGGUCAAUACAAGACAAGAGGCCAAGUGUUGCUAUCCAUGAUAGUCACCAUUACCAAAAAUAUGUUGCCAUCAUUCCGCAUCAUAGCCUACUACCAUACAAAUGACAAUGAAGUGGUAGCAGACUCCGUUUGGGUGGAUGUCAAGGACUCCUGCAUGGGAUCGUUGAAGCUUGAGUCAUCAUCAUCUUCUUCAUCCUAUGAGCCUCGCAAGAUGUUUGGUCUGAAGGUCACUGGAGACCCAGGAGCCACAGUGGGACUGGUGGCAGUUGACAAAGGCGUCUUUGUCCUAAACAACAAGCACCACCUCAACCAGAAAAAGGUAUGGGACAUGGUAGAGACAUAUGACACAGGCUGUACACCAGGUGGAGGGAAGGACGGUAUGAAUGUGUUCUACGAUGCUGGACUGUUGUUUGAGUCCAACACGGCUUCCGGGACUCCCUUCAGACAAGAAUUGAGAUGUCAGUCCGCUGACAGGAGGAAACGAGCCACUAAUAUAAUGGAUGUCACCACCAGUUUAGCAAGUCAAUAUCAAGAUCAACUGCAACGUGACUGUUGUUUGGAUGGCAUUAGGGAAAUUCCUGUUUCAUACACAUGUGAGAGGCGCAGUGAGUACAUCACGGAUGGUGCAGCCUGUGUCGAAGCCUUCCUGCACUGCUGCAAGGAGAUGCAAAGCCAGCGGGCUGACAGGAAGGAGGAUAACCUCCAGCUGGCUCGCAGUGAGGAGGAUGACAGUUACAUGGACAGCAAUGAAAUAGUUUCUCGCACCAAGUUCCCUGAAAGUUGGCUGUGGUCAGAUAUCAAACUGCCUCCUUGCCCUGAGGAAAAACGUAACUGUGACACCACAUCAGUUCAGAAAAAUAUUCCUUUGCAAGACUCAAUCACAACCUGGCAGUUCAUAGGAAUUAGUCUGUCAAGAACUCACGGUAUCUGUGUGGCCAAACCAUUAGAGGUUAUUGUCAAGAAGGAAUUCUUCAUUGAUCUCAGACUGCCCUACUCUGCCGUCCGAGGAGAGCAGUUAGAAAUUAAAGCAGUCCUCCACAACUACAGCCCUGAUCCUGCUACCGUGCUUGUAGAUCUGCUUGAGGAGGAGCAUCUGUGCAGUGCAGCAUCUAAGCGUGGGAAAUAUCGCCAGCAGGUUAAAAUUGGGCGCCAGACUACACGCUCUGUACCUUUCAUCAUUAUUCCCACAAGGGAAGGACAAUACCGCAUUGAGGUCAAAGCAGCUGUUAAAGACUCAAUGCUCAAUGAUGGAGUCAUGAAGUUGCUGCGGGUGGUGCCUGAAGGUGUACUGGUUAAAUAUCCUCAGACUGUGACUCUUGACCCUGCAAAAAAGGGUGUAGAAGGUCAACAGGUAGAAAUGAUCAACAGUGGAAUUCCUCAGAAAGAUUUUGUUCCAAACGCACCUACCAGCACACAGAUCUCUUUGACAGGAAGUGAUCUAACAAAUCUAUUGAAGAAUGACGUUAGUGGAAAAUCAUUGGUUAGUCUGAUCUACCAGCCCUCAGGCUGUGGAGAGGAGAACAUGAUUCACAUGACCCUGCCUGUCAUUGCAACCACAUAUUUGGACAAAACCAAUCAGUGGGACCCUUUGGACAUUGACAGGCGUACUGAAGCCCUCCAACACAUCACCACCGGUUACCACAAUCAGCUCACCUACCGUAAAAAUGAUGGGUCUUUUGCUGCGUAUCCUGAUCAGCAAAGCAGCACCUGGCUGACAGCCUAUGUUGCCAAGGUGUUUGCCAUGGCCAACAAUCUGGUGGCAGUGCAAAGUAGCAUCAUCUGUGACGCUGUCAGUUUCCUGAUUCUCAAUACGCAGCAACCUAAUGGAGUGUUUAAAGAGAGUGGAACAAUGUCCCACGGAGAGAUGAUUGGUGACGUGCGCGGCACAGAUUCAGACGCCUCCAUGACAGCCUUCUGUGUCAUUGCAAUGCAAGAGACACGCACACUAUGUGCUCCCACUGUUAAUGGUCUGUCACGCAGCAUAGAGAAAGCAGUGGCCUACCUGGGAAAACGUGUGUUAAGCCUCACCAACCCUUAUGCAGUGGCCAUAUCGUCAUAUGCCCUGGCCAAUGAAAACAAACUGAACCGGGAGGUCCUCUACAAGUUUGCUUCCCCAGAUUUGUCCCACUGGCAGGUACCUAAGGGACGUGUUUACACUCUGGAAGCCACAGCUUAUGCUCUUCUGGCUCUAGUCAAGGCCAGGGCCUUUGAAGAAGCCAGACCUGCGGUCAGAUUUUUCAAUAAACAACGGAGAGUGAAUGGAGGCUAUGGUUCAACUCAGGCUACCAUAAUGGUGUACCAGGCUGUAGCUGAGUAUUGGACCAGUCCUAAAGGUCCAGAAUAUGAUCUGAACGUGGACAUCUUGUUACCUGGAAGGUCAAGACCUGACAGGUACAACUUCAACGUGGAGAACCACUAUGCUACAAGAACAUCUAAGAUCAAAAACAUAAACCAGAAUGUGAAAGUGACUGCCACAGGCAAAGGAGAAGCCACAGUGACAAUGGUGUCAUUGUAUUACGCUCUGCCUAAAGAAAAGGAAAGUGACUGUCAGAGGUUUAACUUGUCAGUGCAGCUUCUCCCAGAGAAGGAUGGGGAGGAUGAGGAGAUAUACAAGCUGAAAAUAGAAAUUUUGUUUAAGGAUACAGAUCGGGAUGCAGCCAUGUCAGUUUUGGAUGUUGGCUUGUUAACUGGCUUCACUGUUAACACAAAUGAUUUGAGCUUAUUGUCCAAAGGACGUGCCCGCACUAUUUCAAAAUAUAGUAUCAACACCGCUGAAUCGGAAAGAGGCUCCCUCAUCAUCUACCUGGACAAGGUUUCUCACACACGACCAGAAGAAAUCACGUUUAGGAUCCAUCAGAAGCUCAAAGUGGGCGUCUUACAACCAGCUGCCGUUUCUGUCUAUGAACACAGCAGCCAUCAGUACAGUAACCAAACACGGUGCAUGAAAUUCUACCAUCCAGAGAGGAAAGCUGGGCAACUACUGAGACUCUGUAGGAAUGAUGAAUGCAGAUGUGCUGAAGAGAACUGCAGUAUGCAGAAGAAGGGCAACAUCAGCGAUCAUGAGCGCACAGCUAAGACCUGUGAGACUGAACGGAACAGCAAAAUAGAUUUUGUGUACAAAGUGGGAGUGCAAGAGUUUACAGAUGGUUUGUCCACCGACAUUUACACAAUGCAGGUACUAGAUGUCAUCAAGGAAGGAAAUAAUGAUGUGAGUCCUCGAGGUAAAUUGCGCACAUUCCUCAGCUAUCCGCACUGCAGACAGUCUUUGGGUCUAAAAAUAGGCAAAGCCUACCUUAUCAUGGGCACAUCCAAAGACAUUCACGUAGAUGUACAGAGUCAAUCGUAUCAGUAUGUACUCGGUGAGAGAACCUGGAUCGAGUACUGGCCCACAGAAGCAGAGUGUCAGACUGAGGAACACAGACCUACCUGUUUGGGCAUAAAUGCAAUGGCACAGCAGUACAUGCGAUUUGGAUGUCAACAAUAAAGAGAAUAAAGAAAAUAAAAUAUU